AUGGCGGGCGAGGCCGUCACGGCCAUGAUCGUGGCUGCCGACGCCGGCGACAACCCGUUGGCGGACCGCCGCGAGGACCGGGAGGCGGCGGCGGAGCGGGAGAGGAAGGCGAAGGUGGCGAAGCUCAACUCGCAGACGGCGAACGCGAUGGACGUGGUGCGGGCGCAACAGGCCGCGAAGGAGCGGGGAGCCUUCGACGAGGCGGCUCUCAGGGCGAACGAGGUCGCGGGAGCGCCGGUCACGCCUCCGGUGGUGCUCGGCACGGGCCCUGCGCGGUGGCUCUACGGCGAGGACCCGGUCAAGAGCAGCGCGGCGGGCGCGGCGAUGGAGCUCCGCUUCGUCUGGCGGCGAAGCAGCUCCGCCUCGACGGGGGAGCGCUCUCGCGCACCGCCGCCGGCGCGCCUCGAACCGCCCCCACGGCCCUGCAGGACACGCGGCGCGCUCAAGCUCGCGCUCGACGAAAUCGACGGGCUCGACGCCACCUUCGCCCCUCUCGAGUUGAGGGGGACAACCAACUCACUCGCAUGCAAUGAGUUCUCAAAGGCUCGACGGCACCCUCGCCCUCGAGUGCGGCGACCGCCUCCUCUUCGUCUGCGGCUACUCCUCCACCGCCGCAGCCGCGGAGUGGCACUCCAGCGCCCUCGACGCGCUGGCGACCUUCGCCGACGAGCAGCCGGGCGGGCUUGCGCAGCGGAGCGGCUCGGGCUUCAUCGUCCAGGCGCACAAGGAGGUGCCGCAGGAGGUUGCGCCGCGCGGGCCCCACCUCGCGGCCCUCCUCGCCACUCCGGGAGGCUCGCGCCGCUGCCCCGCCACCCCCGCCGGCGCGCGGCGAGGGAGGCCGCCCCCGCUGCGCUGGUCCAACUCUGGCACCCUCUUCACCUACCCGGAGAAGACGAGCGCCUCGAAGCGAUCCGUCGGGUCGGACGAGAGCGACCGCAGCUCGGCCUCCGAGACGUGGGGCUGGCAGGCCACCGCAGCUGUCGCCGCAGCCGCCGCCGCCGCCGCCGUUCUGGCGGCCGCCGCGGUGCUGAGGAGGGCCGGGCCGCCGGCGCGGUGAGCCGCGUUUUGGGACAAGGAGGGCGGGUCGAAGUAAUGGUAAGCACGCGUCAGACAGCGCAACACUCUCAACGCAGUUCGUGUGUCUACGUCCUAGGUCCUACCGUGUCGCCCUCGUCGCGGGCCCCUAUAGUAACCCACCGGUGUCCCCUCCUCCUGCUCUCUCCUCACGCCGCGCACACCACGCCGCGUGUGUCUCCAAGGGGUUUUUCGUGUGUGUGUGCCGGUGAGCGGUGUGUGUCGGUGCACGGCGGUGGGUGUGGGCGCGCGCGUGCCCUGGCGUCAUCGCACAUACGCUCUACAACGUACAAGUCCGAAGUCGA